UUAAAAUAAUGAGCAUUUAUGUAAAUACAACUACAUUGGUUAUUGAAUUAAAUAUUGGAGAAUUUUUGGAAACCAAAGUUUUCCGGCUUGAACAAGGUUGGAAAAUACACUUCAAACUUGGAGAAUCUCUUCUAGGAAAAGCUAUUCGCCUAAAUAUAUUGGACACUGAUUUUGAUCAAAUAUUUCCUUCAUUUUUUGGUGAUGCUUAUAAAAGUUUGGAUUCUAACAACAAUUUUUUGGUUUUUGAAUGUGACACUUUUGGGGCUUACAAAUACCAAUUUUAUGCUGAUACCUCCUCCCUUCCAACAAAAUCUACCCCUCUUGGUUCUGGUUAUUUUACAAUUUUACCUCAAUGGAGAAUUGGAAAAGAACAAAAAUUGCUUUCAGUAAAUGGCCUUUGUACAAUUACUUUUUUAACAAAAUUGUUGGGCCCUUUAAAUGAAUGGGAAGAGAGGUUACAAGUUGCUAACAAAUGUUGUUUUAAUGUUAUACAUUUAACUCCUGUUCAACAAUUGGGAAUUUCUAAUAGCAGUUAUUCAAUCGCGGAACAUGACAAAUUAAACCCUUUAUUUGAAAGUGAUUUUGAUGCACUGGAACGUUUAAUAAGGAAGAUCGAAACAAAUUGGAAUAUUUUAACAAUUCAGGAUGUUGUUUGGAAUCAUGCAGCUAAAAAUGCUUCUUGGCUACAGACCCAUCCAGAAUGUGCCUACAAUCUUUCCAAUUCUCCACAUUUGCGUCCAGCAUAUAUUUUAGAUAGAGCAUUGCAACAAUUUAGCAGAGAAAUAUCUCAAGGAAAAUGGGAAAUGAAAGGAAUUCCUUUUUUAAUUAAUUCAGAAACUCAUUUAAAUUCAAUUUAUUCAAUUUUAAAAGAUGAAAUUAUUUCUAAAUUAAAAUUGGAAGAAUUUUAUCAAAUUGAUAGGGAAGAAGCGUUAAAAUGCUUUGAAACUAAAGUUGAAGAUAUUUAUUCAAAUAGUGAACCCUUGUCAACUCAAACUAGCGGAAAAACAUUAAACGAUAUUGUAAUUAUUCAAGACAAGGAAUAUAGACGUUUAAAAUCAACUGUUGAUAUUGAUACUGCAAUUGAAUGGGCUGUGAAUAAUAAAAGUUCAGACUUGACGGAGACUAUUAAACUUUUCAAUUCCCAUUUAAUUCAUUUAAACGAACAAGUAAGACAAACAAUUGAUGGCCAUAUAUCUGCCGCCAUUGGAGCAAUAAUGGGACAUAUUUCUUAUGAAAGAGUUGCUUCACAUGGACCUAAGAAAGGGUUAAUAAGUGAUUGUAGUCCUUUGGUUACUAGUUAUUUUCUUCAACCACCGCAUUUUUCUUCUCAAACAUGGCAAGAAGACGAAUCAACUCUCGCUUUUAACCCUUCUCUAUCUCCUUACAUCAUGGCUUUUAAUGGUUGGGUAAUGGACUGUUCUAACCCUUUAAACAAUUUUGCUGAAUUUCCUUCACAAAUUUAUUUGCGAAGAGAAUUAAUUUGUUGGGGGGAUUCUGUGAAAUUAAAUUAUGGAAAUUCAAAAGAAAAUUGCCCGUUUUUAUGGAAUUAUAUGGAAAAUUAUACUAUUAAAUGUGCAAAAAUUUUUAAUGGUUUAAGAAUUGAUAAUUGUCAUUCGACUCCUAUACAUGUGGCUGAGCAUCUCUUAAAAAUCGCUCGAAAGGUACGUAAAGAUUUAUAUGUCGUGGCAGAAUUAUUUACUGGAAAUGAACAUUUGGAUAAUAUUUUUGUUAAUCGUUUAGGAAUAAGUUCAUUAAUUAGAGAAGCUCAAAAUGCCCAUAACUGUCAUGAACAAGGCAGAUUUGUCUAUCGUUAUGGAGGAGAUCCUGUUGGGGCGUUCCAUCCAAAAUCUGUUCGCCCUGCUCCAUGGGAUGUAGCCCAUGCAUUGUUUUAUGAUCAAACACAUGAUAAUCCGACACCAAUACAGAAACGUACAGUUUAUGAUUCUCUUCCAACCGCAUCAAUGUGUGCAGCUACUUGUUGUGCUACUGGAACAGUUAGAGGAUAUGACGAAUUCUAUCCAAAACAUAUUGAUGUUGUUAACGAAACUAGACUAUAUCGUAAAUGGACAGAAAAUAAUUUUGAGAAAGCUAUGUUUAAAGCUACAAGAAUUAUUAAUGAGCUUCACUAUAACCUUUGGAAUGAUGGAUAUACUCAAACUUUUGUUGACCAAAUAAAUGAAGAUAUCACAGCUAUAACCCGCCACAAUCCAACAAAUAAUGAAUCAAUUUUGUUAAUAGCCAAUACUUGUUUUUCAACAUUUAAAUGGACUCCUACAAAUUACAAGGCAAUUUUAAUUGAUGGAAAAAUUGAAAAAAUAUUAUUUGAGCUUAAAACUGUUGAAAAAGUAUUUUUUAUUUUUAAAAAUCAAAAAAAAAAUUUUUUUAAUUUUUUGGGACAUUUUAUCCAAAAAUUCCGAAAACAACGAAAAUUUUUCCAAAAAUAA